CGUCAGCAGGCGCGCCGCGGUGCCCUGUCGGUUGUCGCGGCGGUGUGACGUAUCGCUGUCGCGGCGGUGACGUCAGCAGGCGCGCCGCGCUGACCGCGUGUGUGUCUCCCCGCGGUGCCGCGUCGCUGUCGCGGAGCGCUGUGACGUGUCGGUGUCGCGGCGGUGACGUCAGCAGCGCGCCGCGAUGUCGGAGGCGCUGUCCCCGCUGCCGUUGCCGUUACCGGGCGGCGUGCGGCGCGCGCGGCAGCUGCUGCACAUGACGGUGCUCGCGCAGGCGGCGGCGCCGGGCGGGCGGGACCUGGCGGCGGGAAACAACUACGGGGAGGUGGCCGUGUUCAGCCUCUCGGCCGCCCUGAGCGCCGACGCCAAGGAGGAGAACAAGCGCCCGCUCGGCCUCUUCCAGGCGCACGCGGGGCCCGUGUACGCGCUGCUGGGCACGGAGCGGCUGCUGCUGAGCGCCAGCGACGGGGAGUGCAAGGGCUGGAGCUGGAGCGAGCUGGGACGCAAGGGCUGUCGGGAGGUCUGGACCCGUCGGCCGCCUGCCAGGAACACUCUGGAGGUUCCCGAGAUCACCAGCCUGGAGCUGAACACGCGGGAUCACUCUCUGUUUCUGGCCGGGGGCGACGGGACCAUUUGGGUGAUGGAUCUGGAGAGCGGAACCUUCACGGCGGCGCUGGACGGACACACGGACGUCGUCCAUUGUCUGGCCCUGCGGGACCCGCAGCCGCAGCUGCUCUCGGGGGGCGAGGACGGGACCGUGCGCCUCUGGGAUCUGCGCACGGGGACCCAGGUCCAGGUCAUCGAGGUUCACAAGUACCAGGAGUGCAGCCGCCCCCAGCUGGGCAAGUGGAUUCGCUGUUUGGCCACCGACGGUGAUUGGAUGGUGUGCGGGGGGGGCCCGGCCUUGACCUUGUGGCACCUGCGCUCCGUCACCCCCACCACCGUCUUUCCCCUCCCCCACCCGCAGCACCACGUGCUCUUCCACCAGGACCUGGUGGUGUCCGGGGGGCGGGGCCCCGUCCUGCACCAGUUCCACCUGAGCGGCGACGCCCGCGGCCGCGUGCCCGUCUCCUCCCCCGCCCUGCGCAGCCUCGCUCUGGCGCGGCGCCACCAGCACACGGUGCUGACGGCGGCCGGAAACAGCCCCAAGAUCGACGUGUUCACCAACCUGGGCUACCGCGCGUUCUCAUUGGCCUUCGCCUGACCAGUAUAGGCCAGUACAGACCAGUAUAGACCGGUAUAGACCAGUAUAGACCAGUACAGACCAGUACAGAGCAGUAUAGACCAGUAUAGACCAGUAUAGACCAGUACAGCCCCCCCCAGUUCCACCCGCGGCCCCUCGGGGGGGGACGGAGCCGCUUCGGGACUUUCCGGCCGCUCCGAGCGGCUUCGGGUGUUUCCGGCACCAUUCGGGUGUUUCCGGCACCAUUCGGGUGUUUCCGGCACCACUCGGGUGUUUCCGGAACCACUCGGGUCCUUCCCCCCCCCACUCGGGCGUUUCCGGCACCAUUCGGGUGUUUCCGGCGCCAUUCGGGUGCUUCCCCCCCCACUCGGGUAUUUCCGGCGCCACUCGGGUAUUUCCGGCACCACUCGGGUGUUUCCCGCCCCCUUCGGCUCUUUCCGCCCACCCGGAGCCGAACCCGGAGGCCACGCCCCCCUCGGGGGCCUCUGGGUGGGGGUGGGGGGGGGUGUCUCUAUGAGGUCAAUAAAAGCGUCCGUUCGUCUGUC